CCAUCGCCGCCGCUACCCCAUCGCGCCGCCGGCGCUCCUCCUGCUGCUACCGCCGCUGCUGGUGAUGGUGGUGGCAGUGGUGGUGCGGGCGCGGUAGAGCCGCCGCUGCCCGAGCCCCUCCUCCCGGCGGCAGCAUGCCCGGCAAUCACUGCUGCGGCGGCGGCACCGCGCCGCCCUCCGGCCGGGAGGCGCCCGCCAACAGCGCCCGCCCCGGCGGCGGAGCCGCGGCCGCAUCCCCUCCCCGCGCUCCUCCCCGCCGCGUGGCUCUCCCCAUCGGCGGCAGUUUUGGUCGCGUCCUUCUCUCCCUACUCUCCUCCCUCCUUCUCUGUCUCUCUGGCGGGGCUAUGGCCGCCUCCGAUGCCGACGGGCACCUGCAAAAUGUUGGCUGUCGAACUUUGUCCUUGUCUGCGCAUGUUGGUUUUGAUAGCUUACCUGACCAACUGAUUAGGAAAUCCAUCAAGCAUGGCUUCUGCUUCAACAUUCUUUGCAUUGGGGAAACUGGAAUUGGGAAAUCAGCCUUGGUGAGCAGUUUGUUUAACACUGAUUUUGAGGACUCUCCAUCAACACAUUUUCUGUCAAGUGUGCGACUUAGAGCCCAGACUUUUGAACUCCAGGAAAGUAAUGUUCUUUUGAAGCUGACAGUUGUAAAAACAGUGGGGUUUGGUGACCAGGUGAACAAAGCAGAUAGCUAUCAGCCUAUAGUGGAUUAUGUAGAUGCACAAUUUGAAGCCUAUCUCGAGGAAGAACUGAAAGUUAUACGUUCUUUAUUUAGCUACCAUGAUACUCGCAUCCAUGUCUGCCUCUAUUUCAUUUCACCUACAGGCCGUUCUCUAAAAACCAUAGAUUUGUUAACUAUGAGAAGCCUAGACAGUAAGGUGAACAUUAUACCAGUUAUAGGCAAGGCGGACAGCAUUUCUAAAACCGAGCUGCAAGAGUUCAAGAAGAAAAUCAUGAGUGAAUUAGUUAGCAAUGGCAUCCGAAUAUACCAGUUUCCCACUGAUGAUGAAACCGUUUCUGAGAUUAAUACCAUAACAAAUAGUUAUUUGCCAUUUGCCGUGGUAGGAAGUAUGGAGAAGGUGCAAAUUGGAAACAAAAUGGUGAGAGCUCGUCAAUACCCUUGGGGCAUUGUAAAAGUGGAAAAUGAGAACCACUGUGACACUAUAAAGCUCCGCAGGAUGCUUUGCACAAAUAUGGAAGACUUAAAGGAGAAGACUCGUGCAUAUUAUGAGUCGUACAGGCGCUGCAGGCUGGAAAAGUUGGGCUGCAGAGACAUUGGCCCUGAGAACAAACCAGUCAGUCUACAGGAAGUCAUUGAGGCAAAGAGGCUCGAGUUCUGCCUUGAAGUGGAGAGAAAAGAAGAGGAGAUUAAGCAACGAUUUGUGCAGAGAGUGAAGGAGAAAGCAGCAAUGUUGGAAGAGGCAGAGCAACAGGUACUGACUGAAUUUGAACGUGUUAUGCUAAUGCAUCAAGAAGAGGAGCUGAAAUUAGGGGAAAAGAAAAAACUUCUAGAAGAUGAAAAAGCUCAGUUUAUUGAGAAGAAAGCUAUCACUAACUCAAUUCAGUCACAAGUGUCUGUCUCUACCCCUGUUCGUUUGAAGACUAAAGGACUGCGAAAAGCCCCGUUGUAUCAUUUCUCUGUGCUCGUGGCUGUACCCCUUCCUGGCUCCAUAUUGGCUCCAAAUGCAGCACGCUAUCUCCUGCAAAGACUAAUGAGAAGACGACAGCUUGGCAUCAGCUCGGAUGUGUGCCACCACACAUGCUCCCCACUGGGCUGCUCCUCUGCUGUGUGCCCUGAAGGAAUGAAGCAGUGACAAGGCGAUGAGCAAAACUCUUGGAGUAAACUCAAGCCUGCUUCUUAAUUUAUGGAGAAAUGCAGAAGUCUAAAUCAAGCUCUGAGAAGAUUAGAUUACAAACUUGGAGUGGAAAAACUUCAAGGAGACCAGUUCCCCAAGCUGCUGAAAGCUUCGAGUUACUGAAGGCCCCGAGCUGCCGUGGACACCUCUUCCCUCCCAGGACAAAACUAAAGAAAACUAUUUCCCUGUGGAAAAUGCCACAGGGCACAGACACCAGCAUGGGCACGGCUGCAGAUGCUGGCGUGGCACGGU